AAGAAAGCGGACGAGAGAUAGAAAAUGGCGACGACGAGAGGAGAAGGCUCUUUUGUUCCCAGCCUCCGAACUUUGAGCUACUACGCUGUGAUGCUAGGACUCUGUCUUGGCCUGCCAAGCUCGGCUGCUUCUCGGUGCAAGAGGAAGCCCGUCAUCUUCAACUUCGGCGACUCGAACUCGGACACCGGCGGCUUCUCGGCGGGGCUUGGGAUCAACUUCACGUUGCCUGCCGGGCGCGCCUUCUUUCACGAGGCCACAGGCCGGCUGUGCGAUGGGCGGUUGACCAUUGAUUUCCUCUGUGAGAGCCUGAACACAAGCUUCUUGAGCCCAUACUUGGAAUCGUUGGGCCCAAAUUUCAGCAACGGCGCCAACUUCGCCGUGGCCGGCGCGGCCACCAUCCCUCGCUACCAACCGUUUAGCUUGGGCGUCCAACUCCGCCAGUUCCUCCUGUUCCGAUCUCGCUCACCGUUGCUUCUCUCAAGAGGCCACGCAAAUCUGGUUGGCGAGGACGGCUUUGCCGACGCUCUCUACACCAUUGACAUCGGCCAAAACGACCUUGUGAUUCAGUUCACUACCCUUCCGUAUUCUCAAGUCAUCGGGAACAUCUCGGUCUUCGUGGAAGAAAUUAGAUUCGCCAUAUGGAGCAUAUACCAAAGCGGAGGGAAGAAUUUCUGGGUGCACAACACCGGGCCAUUGGGCUGUCUGCCUAACAUAUUGGUCACCACCGCCCAUGAUGCAAGCGACAUCGAUGAGCUCGGAUGCCUCCGAUCUCACAAUGAUGCCGCUCGAGAAUUCAAUCGGCGAUUGCAAUCCCUUUGCGAAGAAUUGAGGUGUCGGAUGAAGAAUGCCACGAUCGUGUACAUUGACGUCUUCGCGAUCAAAUACGAUCUCAUUGCCAAUCACGUUGAACACGGAUUUGAGAACCCAUUAAUGGCAUGCUGUGGCAACGGUGGGCCGCCGUACAACUACAAUCCCAACAUUACUUGUGGCCGGAGCGGCUACACCGUGUGCAAUGAGGCGUCACGUCACGUGAGUUGGGAUGGCGUCCACUACACUGAGGCGGCCAAUUCCUUCGUGGCCACUCGAAUACUCUCCUCUAAUUACUCCACCCCUCCCGUUGCUUUUGAUUUCUUUUGUAACGUUUAAUUUCACCUGAAGAUUUCGGGAGUUUUUGCUGAUUUUUGCUUAUUUGAUUACUUACAAAAGAUCUCAACUUCGUUUGGGACUUUUUUUUGCAAUUUUUUUUUUCCAUAUUUAAUUAGAACUGGCCCAGUUUGUUAAGAGGCAACAGCAACUGCUCAGCUGAUUAAA